ACACCUGUUUAGGCGAGGUGCUGGCUAGCGGAGUAGAACACCUGUUUAGGCGAGGUGCUGGCUAGCGGAGUAGAACACCUGUUUAGGAGAGGUGCUGGCUAGCGGAGUAGAACACCUGUUUAGCCGAGGUGCUGGCUAGCGGAGUAGAACACCUGUUUAGGCGAGGUGCUGGCUAGCGGAGUAGAACACCUGUUUAGGCGAUGUGCUGGCUAGCGGAGUAGAACACCUGUUUAGGCGAGGUGCUGGCUAGCGGAGUAGAACACCUGUUUAGGCGAUGUGCUGGCUAGCGGAGUAGAACACCUGUUUAGGCGAGGUGCUGGCUAGCGGAGUAGAACACCUGUUUAGGCGAGGUGCUGGCUAGCGGAGUAGAACACCUGUUUAGGCGAGGUGCUGGCUAGCGGAGUAGAACACCUGUUUAGGAGAGGUGCUGGCUAGCGGAGUAGAACACCUGUUUAGGAGAGGUGCUGGCUAGCGGAGUAGAACACCUGUUUAGGAGAGGUGCUGGCUAACGGAGUAGAACACCUGUUUAGGAGAGGUGCUGGCUAGCAGAGUAGAACACCUGUUUAGGAGAGGUGCUGGCUAACGGAGUAGAACACCUGUUUAGGAGAGGUGCUGGCUAACGGAGUAGAACACCUGUUUAGGAGAGGUGCUGGCUAGCAGAGUAGAACACCUGUUUAGGAGAGGUGCUGGCUAACGGAGUAGAACACCUGUUUAGGAGAGGUGCUGGCUAACGGAGUAGAACACCUGUUUAGGAGAGGUGCUGGCUAACGGAGUAGAACACCUGUUUAGGAGAGGUGCUGGCUAGCGGAGUAGAACACUUGAAAAAGAAAAGGAGAGAUGCAAACUCUAGGAGCUCAGACGCAAUAAUGUAAUAACCAACGUUUCGACAGCCAAGCUGUCUUCAUCGGGGUAAAGCUGCAAUGCUUCCCACAGUUGUCAUGUUGGCUGGAUUUCCUUUGGGUGGUGGACCAUUCUUGAUACAUGUGGGAAACUGUUGAACUCUUGACACACUCAAACCUGUGCGCCUGGCACCUACUACCAUACCCCGUUCAAAGGCACUUCAAUCUUUUGUCUUGAACAUUCACCCUGUGAAUGACACACACACACACAAUACAUGUUUCAAUUGUCUCAAGGCUUAGAAAUCCUUCUUUAACCUGUCUCCUCUCCUUCAUCUACACUGAUUAAAGUGGAUUUAACAGGCACCAUCAAUAAAGGGUCAAGACUUUCACCUGAAUUCACCUGGCCAGUCUUCAUCAUGGAAAGAGCAGGUGUUCUCACUUUAAAAAACAACUAAAAUAGUGAUUUUGUCAGACAGCAUAGAUGAGGAAGACUUGGAAUUAAAUAAUAGUCGUAAAAUUAAACAAAUGUAAUUUACACAACUUAAAUAUUUUAGUAAGGUAAUGUGACUAAAUGAUGGUUAAUUCCUUUUUAUUUAACUAGGCAAGUCAGUUAAGAACAAAUUCUUAUUUUCAACGACAGCCUAGGAACAGUGGGUUAGUUGCCUUGUUCAGGAGCAGAACGACAGAUUUUUACCUUGUCAGCUCGGGGAUUCAAUCUUGCAACUUUUCAGUUACAAGUCCAAUGCUCUAAGCACUAGACUACCUGCUGCCCCAGGCUGCAGUAAUGGGCUGUCACUACCAUCAUGGAACUUUUAUUAAAUGUUUUAUUCUGUAUUGGUAUAGCAUUCAACCCACAUAAUGCAUAGUGCAUUUCAUGUUUAAAAAAAUUAUCGAAAUCGAAAACCCGAAUUAUUUUUUAAUAAUGGAACUGAAACCGACCGAUCUCAAAAAGCACUAAUCGCUCAGCACUGCUCUAUUUCCAAAGCAGCACCCAUCAACCCUUACCACCCUCACCUCUGUUUUCACCCACACCUUCCUCCCAUUAUCCCCUUCUCCUCCAUGUUCUCUCCAUCCUCAUCUCUCCAUGAUAGUCCUAACCAACCUAACCCAUCCUCAAGCAAACAUAGCCAGUGGACCUGUGGAGUAUUUAACAUAUAGGCACUGGCCACCAGAUACAACAUGGACACUGGCCACCAGAGGGAACAUGGACACUGGUCACCAGAGGGAACAUGGACACUGGCCACCAGAGGGAACAUGGACACUGGCCACCAGAGGGAGCAUGGACACUGGCCACCAGAGGGAGCAUGGACACUGGCCACCAGAGGGAGCAUGGACACUGGCCACCAGAGGGAACAUGGACACUGGCCACCAGAGGGAACAUGGACACUGGCCACCAGAGGGAACAUGGACACUGGCCACCAGAGGGAACAUGGACACUGGCCACCAGAGGGAACAUGGACACUGGCCACCAGAGGGAACAUGGACACUGGCCACCAGAGGGAACAUGGACACUGGCCACCAGAGGGAACAUGGACACUGGCCACCAGAGGGAACAUGGACACUGGCCACCAGAGGGAACAUGGACACUGGCCACCAGAGGGAACAUGGACACUGGCCACCAGAGGGAACAUGGACACUGGCCACCAGAGGGAACAUGGACACUGGCCACCAGAGGGAACAUAGUCACUGGACACCAGAGGGUACAUGGACACUGGCCACCAGAGGGUGCAUGGACACUGGCCACCAGAGGGAGCAUGGACACUGGCCACCAGAGGGAGCAUGGACACUGGCCACCAGAGGGAGCAUGGACACUGGCCACCAGAGGGAGCAUGGACACUGGCCACCAGAGGGAACAUGGACACUGGCCACCAGAGGGAACAUGGACACUGGCCACCAGAGGGAACAUGGACACUGGCCACCAGAGGGAACAUGGACACUGGCCACCAGAGGGGACAUGGACACUGGCCACCAGAGGGGACAUGGACACUGGCCACCAGAGGGGACAUGGACACUGGCCACCAGAGGGAGCAUGGACACUGGCCACCAGAGGGAACAUGGACACUGGCCACCAGAGGGAACAUGGACACUGGCCACCAGAGGGAACAUGGACACUGGCCACCAGAGGGAACAUGGACACUGGCCACCAGAGGGAACAUGGACACUGGCCACCAGAGGGAACAUGGACACUGGCCACCAGAGGGAACAUGGACACUGGCCACCAGAGGGAACAUGGACACUGGCCACCAGAGGGGACAUGGACACUGGCCACCAGAGGGGACAUGGACACUGGCCACCAGAGGGGACAUGGACACUGGCCACCAGAGGGGACAUGGACACUGGCCACCAGAGGGGACAUGGACACUGGCCACCAGAGGGGACAUGGACACUGGCCACCAGAGGGGACAUGGACACUGGCCACCAGAGGGAACAUGGACACUGGCCACCAGAGGGGACAUGGACACUGGUCACCAGAGGGUACAUAGACACUGGCCACCAGUGGGAACAUGGACACUGGCCACCAGAGAGAACAGUUCCUCUCUGUCUCAGUUCCUCUCUGUCUCAGUUCCACUCUGUCUCAGUUCCUCUCUGUCUCAGUUCCUCUCUGUCUCAGUUCCUCUCUGUCUCAGUUCCUCUCUGUCUCAGUUCCUCUCUGUCUCAGUUUCUCUCUGUCUCAGUUCCCCUCUGUCUCAGUCCCUCUCUGUCUCAGUUCCCCUCUGUCUCAGUCCCUCUCUGUCUCAGUCCCUCUCUGUCUCAGUCCCUCUCUGUCUCAGUUCCCCUCUGUCUCAGUCCCUCUCUGUCUCAGUUCCCCUCUGUCUCAGUCCCUCUCUGUCUCAGUUCCCCUCUGUCUCAGUCCCUCUCUGUCUCAGUUCCCCUCUGUCUCAGUCCCUCUCUGUCUCAGUUCCCCUCUGUCUCAGUUCCCCUCUGUCUCAGUUCCUCUCUGUCUCAGUUCCCCUCUGUCUCAGUUCCACUCUGUCUCAGUCCCUCUCUGUCUCAGUUCCCCUCUGUCUCAGUUCCUCUCUGUCUCAGUUCCCCUCUGUCUCAGUCCCUCUCUGUCUCAGUUCCACUCUGUCUCAGUCCCUCUCUGUCUCAGUUCCCCUCUGUCUCAGUUCCCCUCUGUCUCAGUUCCUCUCUGUCUCAGUUCCUCUCUGUCUCAGUUCCCCUCUGUCUCAGUCCCUCUCUGUCUCAGUUCCCCUCUGUCUCAGUUCCCCUCUGUCUCAGUUCCUCUCUGUCUCAGUUCCCCUCUGUCUCAGUUCCACUCUGUCUCAGUUCCUCUCUGUCUCAGUUCCACUCUGUCUCAGUUCCUCUCUGUCUCAGUCCCUCUCUGUCUCAGUUCCUCUCUGUCUCAGUUCCACUCUGUCUCAGUCCCUCUCUGUCUCAGUUCCCCUCUGUCUCAGUUCCUCUCUGUCUCAGUUCCCCUCUGUCUCAGUUCCUGUCUCAGUUCCACUCUGCUCUCAUCUGA